CAGACACGGCUCCAUAACACACCGUAGCUCACGCGCGCAGGCGGUCAAUGGCGUCCUCAGCUGUUCCCACCGCACAGCCCUACGUCGUGGAGGACUGCCGUGGGGUGCUGCAGCUUCUCAGCGACGGCACGGUCGUGCGCUCUGGCGCUUUGCCCUUCCCUGUCGGCAACGGCGCAGACCACGAGGAUGGUCGCGUCGAGUGGAAGGACGCCGUGUACGACGCUGGCCGCUGCCUCGGUCUCCGUAUGUACAAGCCGACGAGGAAUGGCGGAGAGGAGGGCAAGAAGCUCCCGGUGCUCGUCUACUUCCACGGCGGGGGCUUCUGCAUUGGCUCCUUCGCCUGGCCCAACUUCCACGCCGGCUGCCUGCGCCUCGCCGCCGAGAUCCCGGCCGUGGUGCUCUCCUUCGACUACCGCCUCGCGCCGGAGCACCGCCUCCCCGCCGCCCACGAGGACGCCGCCGCGGCCCUACUCUGGCUCCGCGACCAGCUCGCGUCGGACCCGUGGGUCGCCGGCGUGGUCGACCCACACCGGGUGUUCGUCUCCGGCGAGUCUGCCGGCGGCAACAUCGCGCACCACCUGGCCCUUCGGUUCGGCACGGCGGGGCUGGACCCUGUGAGGAUUGCCGGGUACAUCCUCCUCAUGCCGGCGUUCUUGUCGGAGCAGCCGACGCAGUCCGAGCUGGACACACCGGCGACAGCGUUCCUGACCAGGGAGGCGUCCGACAGGUACACCCGCCUCUUCCUUCCCGCCGGAGCGAACAAGGACCACCCGCUGGUGAACCCUUUCGCCUCCGACGCCCCGAGCCUGGACAAGUUGGACGUCGGCCGCAUGCUCGUCGUCGCAGCGGAGGGCGACAUGUUGCGGGACAAGAAUGUGGAGUACGCGGAGAGGCUGAGGGCGGCGCGUGGCGACGAGGUCGAGCUCCUCGUGUUCGCCGGCGAGGAGCACGCGUUCUUUGCAUUGAAGCCCACUUCCAAGGUCACCGGCGAGCUCAUCCAGGUCAUCAGGCGUUUCCUCUCCACCGAAGCAACCAACUAAUAAUAUCCUAGCUGUCGUGCUCGUCUGGGUCAUCAGAUCGUGACCGUGUGGAGGUUAUCCUUUCUGCGUCGUGUCGUGUGGUGUAUACAUUUUUCAUGCUCUCUUCUUGCCUCGUGUCCACAAUAGUUUGGGGUCGACAUAUAUUGAUUGAUGUGUGUACCGAACGA